CUUUUUCUCACCACCACUCCUUCCUCCGUCUCUCUGGUUCUCCUCUCUGUCUUCGUUAUUUUUUUUCCCUAAUUUCUGUCCAGUUUUCGGGAAAUUUUAAAAAAGGAUUUUUUUUUUACUUCUAGGGUUCUUUUCCCUUUUCUUGAAUUUGCUUCCUUUGUUGGAUUUUCGAUCUUAGGGUUUCGUUUUUCCCUCCUUGUUGUUGAAAUUUUUAAAUUGGAAAUGGAACGUAUUGAAGCGGGUUUGAAGAGCAUUAUCAGAAAAGAGAUGGCUUUGAAAACGACUCCUCCGGUUUACGAAGACUUUCUCACCGUCACCACCGUUCAAAAUGACUCCUCCGCCGACGAUUUCUCCAUCGACGACUUGCUCGACUUGUCAAACGACGACGACGACGACGUUUUAGCCGAAGAAGAUGAUGAACCCAAGACUCAACCAGAUAUGCUCUGUGUUUCCUCCGAGGAACCCAACGACGACGGAGAUGCACUUCGCCGGAGCAACGACUUUUCCAGCGGAGACGAUUUUGGGUCUCUUCCUUCAAACCAACUCUCCCUUCCGGCGGAUGAAUUAGCGGAUCUUGAGUGGCUAUCCCAUUUCGUAGAAGAUUCCUCGGCUCCAAAUCUCACCGAAACCCCGUCAGAGAAACCGGCUUGGUUAACCGGUGACCGGAAACACCCUGUGACUCCGGCAACAGAAGAGUCGUGUUUCAAAUCCCCUCUUCCGGCUAAAACCCGUAACAAACGCAACCGAAAUGGAGUCAAGGUCAAGUCGCUUGGCUCCUCCUCUUCGGGUCCUUCGUCGUCGAGCUCGACCUCCUCCUCCUCAGGUCCUUCAAGCCCUUGGUUCACCGGCGUUGAGCUACUUGAGCCAGUCUUGGUUCCCAAGAAGCACAAGAAAAAGUCGGCAGAGUCUGUUUUCAACGGGCGGUUGCCGGAGCUGCAGCAGCAGCCGCCUCCUCGACGGUGCAGUCACUGUGGCGUUCAGAAAACACCUCAGUGGAGAGCAGGUCCCAAGGGAGCCAAGACGCUGUGCAAUGCGUGCGGUGUCCGGUUUAAGUCGGGUAGGUUACUACCAGAAUAUAGACCGGCUUGUAGCCCGACAUUCUCGAGUGAGCUUCACUCGAACCACCACCGCAAAGUCAUGGAGAUGCGGCGGAAGAAAGAUCCGAGUGAUGACGAUACUACCGGUUUAAACCAGCUGGUUCAGUCCACGCAAGCUGUACCAAGUUUUUGAAAAAAACAGUAGGGUCUUAAAAUUAGAACAGAAAUGUAGGACCCGGUUCAGUCAGUUUUAGCGUCAAGUUAGUUUCUCAUUGACUUUUUUUUUUUUGGUAUAUUGCUUUCAUUUAUUUUAGCAUUUACUUUCUUUCUUUUUUGCUACCGUAGUUUGAUUUUUUCUGCUAGAAGUUUCGGUAAGUUCUUGGUAACUGAUUAGAUCGAAAACUCAUAUUGUAUUGUACUCGCUCGCGUUAGUAUUUCAGUUAAAAUUUUCAUAUUUCA